AGAUCAUCAGUGGUCCAUUCAACCAAAGUUCUUGACCAGACAAGAAGCCGCCAGCAAGACUUCCAAGUAAAGGUUAGUUAGGGUCACUUUCAUUCCUUUAGGGCUACUUGCUUAUAAUUUCUAACAGACUAAAGAUCCUGCAAGAUGAAGUUAGACAAGGGGAUUCUAGUUAUUCAUAGUUUGUCAAUUCAUUCGUUUUAUCUUCUUUAUCUUCUUAAGACACAAAUGCAAUUUUGAUCAUGGAGGGUCACUUUGAAAAUCUAAGGACUGAAAUUCUGUUCUUGUGUUUCAAAAAAAGAAAAGAAAAGAUCUUUAAUUCUUUUAAUGGAUUGAGGUUUUGCCUUGUAGGUGUAACAAGUUAUUAAAAGUUGGAGAAAACUGACACGUCUCUUCGCACCUAACAAAAGUAAACGAAAUAAGCAUAUCGCACAAUUAAUUCAAGCCGUUGACGAGCGAACGUUCCUCUUAAGUUUGAGCCACUUCUUAAGAGUCCUUCAACAUCACCUCUCAUCAUAAAUUCUGUCUGGAAUACUAACACAUUUUCUAUAAAUCCAACUUGAUUGAUAAUGAGGUGCGUUGAUAAAAAAUGCAUCAUGAGAAGGGAAUAACUUUGCAAAUUGCGUUAACGUUUGUUUUCUCUUGGUAGAUCUACGAGUCCGAAGACAAUUACCUAUCCAACAAAAUGAAGUACGUUGUUCUGUUGUGCCUUCUCUUUGGCAUCGUUAUGUCACUGGGAGCUCCAGCCCCAGGUAAAGAAACCUUAUAAAGUUGUCUCACCAAGUUUCUUUAAUCUUAAUGACGAGAUAAAAACUCUUUAGUGUUCUUAACUCUGAUUCAUUGACGCUGACGCCUUCCAAUGGUUAAUUAGUAAAUUUCAUUGCCGAUGCUUGAAAAGAUUCCAUUAUAGACAAGUUAGUUGCUAGUUCUUAAAUGUUUCAUACAUCAGAGAACACGAUAGCAGCUUUAACAAAGUCAGUGAAGGACGUUUUAUUGACAUCAAUUUACGGGAAGCAAGAAAUAUUAGAAAUUGCUGCUUUUGAACCGUUACUUUUAUUUGAAUAAUAACAGGAAAUUUUUGUCGAUAAUUUUUCAUAUCAAAUUCCCACCCGAAGUUUAAAACGUAGUUAUGAUUACGACAAUCACAGGAAUAGUUUUUCGUUUGUAUCAUUUUUAAAAACAGUAACUUGAAAACUGAUCCUAAUCACUUUCGGUUGAUAAUCCGUUGUGAGUAAGAACAAGUAGAAAAAGUGAGGUUUGAAUAUUAGGCUUUACAUCUUUACCACUUGACCUUUAAGGAAAUACCGCAACAUUUAUUUCCGUUGCACUAUUUAAUCAUAACUACGGAAGUUUUCGUUAAUUUCCAAACCAUGUUCAGGCUGUGCAAGAUAGAGAACAGGCCACUAAUGUUAAUUUUCUACCCAAGGUUAGGGAAGACAUUUGGUGACCUUCAACCAUAUUACACAUCUUAGUACUCAAUAUCCGAUCAAAACCAUUGUUUAUUUCUAAACACUGCGUUUUUAACGCCAGCGUUCCAUUUAAAGACUCGUGUUUACGAUAUCACAACAGGUUGAGAAGAAGUACUUGAAUGAUUAAGUAGGUUCCCCGCUAAAAAGUUUACAACAAGCAUAUCACUCGUUCAACAGGUCACUUGACACAGUUACACAAUCGUACAACAAACUGGUAUAAACAAAAACUCUGCGUCCAUGCCUUCACGUCGACAUUUUAAAUUAUCAAAUUCCAAUCAUAAAGAGCAAAUAUCGAAGGCAAAUUGGAUCCCCCUUUACGCAAUAAGCAUUUGUCAAAGUUCUCAAUUACAUUUACGAAGCAUUGGCCUUACGACCCAGCUUUUGAAUCGGAAGAUUGCUUCGUCAUUGUUAUCAAAGGAAAUUCGUUUUAUUUGCAUUGCCCUAUGCAACCGAACACAACAAUUUUCCAAAUACUGUUUGACGUUUUUUUCUAGGAUAGGAUUUCAAAACAUUUCGAAAAUUUUGUAAGUCACGAGCCUCUGGCUCGUGAUUCAAAAACUUUUCAAUCUCAUGUUUGCCAACAUCCAUAAAUGAAAUUAAAAUAGUUACAAAGAUUGUAGCUACGACAAUGGGGAGAGAGAACGGAAGUGAAAAAAAGAAAGACUUGCCUGAAGUGGCAGGGAUAGAAGACCCUUCAUAGAGGAAUAUCACCAACAAAUUAAAAGACGAAUUUCAUUCGGAGGUGGAAGCCGGUGAAAUUGAGAUUGGCCAUUUAAACAGAUAGCUACCUGAACCUUCUCAAAACACGGUUUCUCUGACACUAUACAAAACUGAUGGUAAUUUAAUCAAAUAGAUGUAACAUACAAUGCAAUAAGUGUUACAAUUGCUGUGCGUGUACAAAAUGAGAAUUCCUCACGUUUACCUCUCUAAAUCGCAGAGGCAGAGGAAAAGAAAGAAGAAAAGGAGGACGACACUGGUGAUUUCGAUGACGAUGUUGCAGAUGAUGCCGACGACUCCGACGACUCCGACGAUGAAGACGACGAGGAUGACGGUGAGGACAGCAGCGAGGGAGAUGAUAUGGAUGAAGAGAAGAGGGACGAAAUCCCCAAAGAGAACGAUGAAGCCAAGGAGGACAACCCUGAUGCUCCUGAGAAGGAAGACGAGAAGGUGAACGAUAAAGAAACUGAAGAGAAAGAUGCCGAUAAGGAGGAGGACAAGAAAGCUGAUAAAGAGGACAAGGAGAUCGAAAAGGACGAUAAGAAAGACGAUGAUGAAGAUGAAGAUGAACUAGCUGAUGAUCUGGAUGAUGAGGAUGACGAAGAUGAUGAAGAUGAUGAAGAUGAUGAAGACGAUGAAGAUGAUGGAGAUGAUAGUGAUGAUGGAGAUGAUGGUGAAGACGAGGAGGAUGAGGAAGACAGCGAGGACAGCAGCGAGGGAGGAAAGAAGGACGACGAAAAGAAAAAGGAAGUCAAGAAGGAGGACGAGAAGCCCGAGAAGGAGGAAAAGAAGGAAGAAAAAAAGGAGGAUGCCACCAAGAAAGCCGACGAUGAUGAUGACGAUGACGAUGAUGACGACGACGAUGACGAUGAUGACGAUGACGACGAUGAAAAGAAAGACGACAAGAAGCCAGUAGAGAAGAAGACCGAAGAGAAGACAGCAGAUGUCCCAAAGAAGGAGAAGAAGACACAGUAA